AUGAUUCGAGCACCUACUGUGUUAACGUUGGUUGUGGUUUUGGCACUAACAUGCGUUUUUGGAGAAAAACGAAUGGAACCUAAAAAACAGCAAGAGAGUGAAUCCGUCCUUGCCGAUAUAGACCCCGAGGUUGAUGAGGACCUUGACAACGAGGACCAAAUGGUGGACGAUGAUGAUGAUCAGGAUGAACACUCCGUUCAACAUGAUCCACUUCCGUGGGGGAGGAGGAGGUACCGGAGGAGAAGGUAUAGACGACGUUAUCGCCGACGGCCUUACCCCACCCGUAGGCCAUACCCCGCUCAUAAACCGACAACAAAGAAGCCGCCCAGCACUGCACAAGCCUGUUCUACAGCAAGACCAACGGACAUCAAAUGGGAUAAUACCUGGCAUGGCAAGCUGUUUUUUGAUUGCCCCAAGGGUAAGGCAUAUAAAAAUGUGUUGUUACAAGUUUAAAAGAAACAAAUUAUGCAUUCCGUUACAGGCCCGUAGCCAGAAUUUUUUACGGGGAGGUGCGAUCCAACGAGGAGACGGACCGAACGAACCGGGGGAGGGGCCGGGGGUCGCGGUAUAGGUGUGUCUGAGACUACAUUUCGAGCUUUUUGAAAAACUGCUUAUUUCUCAAACUUUUAAUUUUCAAAAGUUUUUUUUUCCAAAUAGAGUACUUUACUUUACAAUUUUUUAGAAUGGCAAUGCGGGAUGUCACUAUUUAAAAAGAAAAAAAAAAUGGACAGAAAGUUGUAAAUCCGUCUUAUUCGCUAGGUUUCUCAAACUUUUCGCGCGCCUUUUUCUUUCGCGUCUUCCCCAUAAUCUGAGAGCCUGGAAGAGGCUGAGGAAGCUACAGCUUGCUGGCUCACUGUUCUGAGUGUUCAGCAUAAAACUGACAUUCUUUAAACUCGCGUUGAAGUUUUCGCUUUUAUUCAUUUUUACAGGUCAUUCUUUAACUUACAUGAAGAGUGUGUUCCGUAACUGCCAGCAAGACCGACUUUGGAAAUUCGACUGCGGGUUCAACGAGGCUUCCAAAGAAUUUUGUCACUGGAGUCAUGGAUACGCCAACGAUGCAAAAGAUGGCAUUUUCUUCUACUGCCCCAAUAAUGGUUUUAUAUCAGGUAGGGCCUUCAACCAAGCAUGGAGGCAGCAAAUUAAGACGAAUGGGGAGGGGGUGCGGACCUUUGAAGAACUAUAGGGAGGGGGCACCCUGAAAUGUCUACACUGUAUCUCUGCCUGGGAAUUUUAAUUCUUUCCACGAAGCACUGUUCUUCCUCUCUUGGCUUUGACGCAAAGGCGACGAAUAACAGGCCCUCUGCUGAUUCGAGAUUGCCAUUCUGAAAAAUCUAACUGUUUGUCGGAAUUUAAAAUGCAUUAGUAUCAAUCUGAUCGAGACAAAAACGACCGUGAAGUGGUACUGACGAUAAACAUUCAGGUUAAGACUUGAACCUCGCAUUGUGGCAUUUAAGCAGAAUCAUCGUCAUGCCUGAAACAUUCUGUUCUGUUUUUACCUGUCCAGGAAUUCAGAGUAUCUACGUUGGCGGUGAUCGGCGCUAUAAGUUCAAAUGCUGCAACGACGAGGGAUUUGAUCACACGGACUGCCAUCAGUCACACCAUUUGAAUAAAGCUGGAGAGGACUUUGAGUACAAGGUGGACAGGGACAAAAGAUUUUACAUCACUGGCAUCUCAAGCUGCUUCAACAGCGAGAAAAGGUACUACACAUCAUUAGCCCCACUUUCAUGAAGAAGUCAUGGUCAUUUGUUUGCUCACUAGACUGGAAGAAGUCCCCUUUCCUGAGUAGGUGGAGAGGACAAGCUGUCCUGACAGAGAACCUCCAACAAAAUGGAGUCUCUGUGAGGCCUCUGAUCUUCCCAGGCCUUCUCGGUCAAUGCACCUUGGUGACGUAUCUGAGACCCACUUAACCUGAGAUCAGGUGUCCUUCUUCCCUCUUGUUUGGGAGAUGAGGGAAAAGGAUGUUCUUUUUUUCCCCGAAAAAGAAAAAAAAAAACGCCUGACGCAGGUGAAUUCAACCGGACCACUUGACUGAAAGAAGGGGGAAGUUCAUGCAUCCGCUCCUGAAUUGUUAUAAAACGAUUCUUUACAGAGAUAUCCCUCACUCAUUGUUUGGGGCAAAGUUAUUAAAAGGCUCUUCCUCUAUUAAAUGGAGUAUGUUGUGAACUGGUAUUUAAGCUUUCUAAUGGAUAGGAAACAACGACUAAUAUUUAAGGGCGUUACCUAUAAAUGCAUGAACAAAGGAACCACGCAGGGAAGUGUUAGUGGACCGCACCUUUUAAAUUUGUUUAUUAAUGAUUUGGCCAUUAAGAACAGUCGCGUCACUAGCAUAGUCCGACAAAUGUGCUGAUGACAGUACCUACCCUGCACGUCAAAGUAUGUUACAAUGAAAUAGAUUUUUCUCAUGAGGUUGUCCGCAGUUUUUCUGGUGAACAUAAGGCUGCCAUUCCAUGUUAUCCUAAAAGUCUCCUGAUAAAUGCAGUGGACUGAUACUUUGUAAGAAGGCAGCCCAUAAUAUAGACCAUAUGAACAACAUACCCAAGCUUCUCCUUUAAAAGUGAUAGGGGUUACCUGUGAUAAGUUUCGUACAGAGGGAUACCAACAACCAGAUAUAGAUUACGUUUUUAUAUCAAUAGUUUCACAGAAACUUAACUUACGCUCUUCCUUUAUACGCGUCCUCAACACCUGAAUUAACAACGGUCUAGAAAUAUUCUCAGCGCUGCUUUAAACGCAAAUACAUAUCUUACCAAGUUAACAUAUAUGACGUCUGAGAAGAGACAGAUCACGUGCCACUUUGCAUCCUUCCCUCCCCAAAACAAAAGAAAUUUCUGCGCACCUUCGAGCUCCAUGGGGUCAAAAACCAACGUUAGAAAAAAAGUUUUAUUGAUAAUUUUUUUCAAAUAUAAAGUAGCAAUUUAAUGUGAAAUGUUUUUUUAUUUUUUUAAUGUUAAUUUUAAUAUUUCAUAACGUAAUUUUAAGCUUUUCGUGUUCUUGGUAUAUGCAUGGUUUUUUGCCUAAAACAUAAUAAAGACAUUAUUAUUACUAUUAUUAUUAUUAUUAUUAAGCUCUUAAUUACAAGUUACUUAUCCAAUCGAAUGUCAAGGAAAAUAAUAACAAAGAAAAAAAAAAUUGCUCUGAAGGUUUUACAUUUCGCGAAACCGCAGUUUAUGGUCGAGUUUCUUUAGCAUAACUGAUCCUUUUGUGACAAAAUCUUCUUCUUUCCUUGUUCUACUUGAACAAACGCCACGACAAUAUCGCGCAACACUAAAACUUUAAAAGAGGCAGAAAAGCAACUACCAGUCUACUUACUAAAAUUGUCUUUCUAUUCAUAGGGACCGAGCAUGGGUGGUUAACUACUGCAGAUCGACGCCCGAGACGUCUUCCCCGCAGAUAGAGAAAAAAGAUGCCACCGAAAACUGACCACCGAGGAGAACAAGAGCAGCUCCUCUUACGGCUUUCUUUACUUCUAAUUGUUUGCUACCGUUUUUAUAGUUACAUUGUAAAAUAGAGGUACCGCAACUAGCAUCAAUAGGUGGUAAAAUGUAGUAAAAUGUCUCUUUCAUUAAAGAUUCAUAGGUUGUAUAACAAGUUUUAGAACGCUUUCAAUUAAAACUCGGCAUUGAUAAACUCCGAUCGUUUUGUAUACAGUAAUCGUCUUCCUGAAGUGUACGAUAGGGCUGAUAAAUGUGAAAAAAACGCCCGCAAUGGCAUCGAAGAAGCCUUUU